AUGGGAGUCAUGAACGAGCCUCUAUGGAGAGGCUCUUCGUCAAACAUAUAUCAGUUUGAGCCGGGAAAGGUUCUGAAAGUACCAAGGGAGGUCCCUAGCACCAACGACGGUUACGAAAUUCUCAAUCGCGACAGGGCAAAAGGGUUCGACGUGGAAAGAGGAAUCUAUGAAGCACUUGGGGAGAACGAGCUCAUCCUUCCGUAUUACGGAUGUCACGAACUUGAGGGCUACCGAGGUCUGUUAUUCGCCCAGGCCGACAGUAAUCUACAGGAACACCUCGAGGAAGGGCUUGUAAAUACCACCAUGCCUGAACGAAAACGUUGGUGUCGUCAAGUUGCAGAUGCUAUAGCAUACAUUCACGAUCGUGGUGUCAUACACUCGGACCUGCGACCUGAGAAUUUCCUGAUUCACGGGCAGGACAUCUGGCUUAGCGACUUCAAUGGGUCGGUGUGCGACGAGCGUGGCUUGGAUGGUGGACAGCUGCCUGAUGCUGGAUUCUGGAACUUGGAGUGGGAGACGACGCGAGCGACGGACAUGUUUGCCCUCGGCUCGGUGCUCUACGCCAUCGUGACUGGAUGGUGGCCGUUUUGCAAGCCUGGCGUUAUAGACAGGCUGAGCAGGAAAGACGCCAGCAGUUAUGAUGAGCAAGUUACGCAAAGGUUUGAGAAAGGAAAAUUUCCGGACGUUUCUUCUCUCUGGGGAGGGCACAUCAUCAUGGGCUGUUGGACUGGCAAAUACGAUACUGCUUCCGACGUCAAACGGGAUGUAGAAUCAGCCAUACAACAACAAUGA